GACGUAGAGGACUAGAUCUUUUGCACGCUAAUCAGUCUGCUGCCGCGCUGUGUGUUUCCCCCUGCGAAUAACACGCCGCGCUGGCGCCGACUUACGCAAAGCAGAGGCUCUAUGACAGGGCGUGACUUAGAUCUUUUGUUUCGCUGAUCAGUCUGCUACCGCGCUGUGUAGUAUUAUAUCUAAGCGAGGAUGAAAUGCCAUGUUGUCAGAAAAUUUCUAGUGCUGCGAGACAGGGUCGUGAAGGAAUCGCGUGUAAAUUUUGGCAACGCAUAGUGAAACCAAUACGAUCAAAAUGGCGACGAAACGAAAACCUCUCACACUUGAACAACGAAUGGAAGCUUUGCAAAAGAUCGAUGCCGGGUGGACGCUGAAGCAAGUGGCAGAACAGUUUAAUUGCGGAAUGACUCAAAUCAGCCAAAUCAAAAGAAAACGGGAGGAGGUUUUAAAAUUAUGGGAGGAAGGUGGACGCGCUGACCGGAAACACGUCAAGAAAAGAAAGUCCAACUACGAGGAGCUCAACUCCAAAGUUUUUCACUGGUACUGUGAGAAACGAGCGAGUCAGUUCCCAAUCGCUAUCACUGGGAAGCGAAUCCAGGUAGGUAGCAAUUUCCUGUUCGAAUUUCAGAUUUAAAUUACAGUUUGUAAAGCGCAAGCUCAAAAGGCUGUUGGGCCUACGUUUUAUUUUAAUUUUUAGACUAUUCUGCUUCAUGGUGCCGACUCUAAACUGAAUUUUGUGUGCGUGUAAAACAGGAAAAGGGCGUGCAGCUGGCGAAGGAGCUUUCCCUUGACGACUUCAAAGCUUCGAACGGAUGGCUGGAAUCUUGGCAGAGAUUGUACAACGUCAAAUCUGAUGUUCGUUGUGGUUAGUGUUUUUGUUUUAUCCAUUCUUUUCUUGAUCCCCCCCCCCCCCCCCCCCCCCCCCCCUUUUUUUUUUUCCUUUUUUUUUUUUCCCCCCCCCCCCCCCCGCCCUCCCCACUUUUUUUUUUCUCUUACUGAUUCGAUUUCUGGCACAAAUCAUUUUUGAACAUUUUAUUUUUGUUUUGUGUUUAAGGGGAGUCAGCUGGUGUGGCCCAUGCUGCAGUUGAUGACUUGGUCAAGCUGCCUGACAUCUGCAAAGGUUAUGCACAGGUGGACAUUUUCAAUGCUGUUGAAACUGUGAUGUACUACAGGUCUCUAGCAAAGACUUCGAUGGUAGAAAAGGACGACUCAAAGAAGGGGAUCAAGACGACUAAAGAGAGAAUGACAGUUCUCCUGGCAUGUUCCGCCGCAGGCGAGAAAUUGAAACCACUGGUGAUUGGCAGAACAGAGAACCCCAGGUGUUUCAAAAAUGUAGAGAAAAGCAGCCUCGGAGUUGAUUAUGAGGGCAACAAAAACAGCUGGAUGACCACGACCAUCUUCACAUCCUGGCUGCAGAAGCUCAACGACAGGAUGAGAGCCGAGGGGCGCGACAUCUUGCUCCUGCUUGACAACUGUACAGCACACCCACACAUGGAGCUUUCAAACAUAAAUCUCCAAUACCUGCCUCCCAACCCGACAUCAAAGCUCCACCCCCUGGAAAGUGGAGUCAUUACCACAUUCAAGGCCCUCUAUAAGAAACACAUGUUGCUUCAUCUGUUGGCAGGCGUGGAGGAGGCAAGUGCAGCAUCCCAACAGGCCAAAUCCAUCACCCUCCUUGAUGCGAUUGGUUGGCUCACUGUAGCCUGGACCACUGGUGUGAAGGCGUCCACGUGCGUCGGGUGUUUUGCCCACUGUAGUUUGGUGGAUUCCCGCAGCAGCCCAAGUCAGGAAGAGGGGUCCCCACCACCACCGGACCAGCCACACCACCAGCUGCUGGAAAGUGCCACGUCGCAAGACCAUGCCGGGACGGCUGAUGCUGCGGCCACCAUGUCAAUAGAUUCUACCAGCCCCACUGUGGCUGUUGUAAAACAUGAAGCAGAGGAGGAGGAAGAUGCAGUGGAUGAUGCAGGGCAAGUGUUAACAUCAAAAGAAGCCCUUGAGCAAGCAAAAAAGCUUCUCCGAUUUGCAAAUGUAAAGGGGAAUGUAGAUCUGAAAUCAACAGCGAUGAAGAUGGUGAGUUCUAUUGAAGACAUUUGUAUGCAAGAGACUUCUAAGGCUAAGGCAAAACAAACAAGUAUCAAGGACUUCUUUUGUGUGUAAUUUAUCUUGUUUUAGUGUAAAUGCACACCUAAUUUAUGUUUGAGUGUUCAUAAAAAGAUUUGUAAAAUACUGCACAUGUACAUUUUGAUGUUAAGGGACUGCAUGAAGAAUGUUUGAGCACAAUAAAAUCUGGCUUAGUUGCAUAAUUGUUAUUACACAUAAAUAUAAAAUGUAUGCACUUUCUUUUUCUUUUCUCAUUUCUCUUUAUGUUCAAUGUGAAAAUGUCUUAUUCUUUCAAAUUAUUUUGCAUGAUCAUCCUUCUGGCAAAACCUGCAAAUAGCACCACCCCUGGAUUUUUUUUAAACCCCUUUUGCUUUGAUCCCAAGGGCUUGUACUAUUCACAGGUUUCACU